AUGGUGUCCUUCUCUUGUGAGUCGUGUGGUGAUGUCUUGACCAAGAAGAAGCUCGACCCGCACAGAAACCGUUGUCGAGGUGCCACUUAUACCUGCAUCGAUUGUAUGGUUUACUUCCCGGGCACUGAAUACCGCUCUCAUACCAGUUGUAUGAGCGAAGCUCAAAAGUACCAAGGAGCCCUCUACAAGGAAAAGAACAACAACAACAAGAAGAACAACAAGGCGAACAACGUUCAGCCCCAUAACGUACCCCUUCCCGGACACGACGCCAUGGCUCAACCCGCAUACGUAGAAGACGUCCCCGAAGACGUCUUCGAAACCUACGAAUACCAGGGUGGCGGCAGCGAUGACGGAAACUCGCCCGCAGACCUCCUUCCCGAGGCCCCUACACCCCCUUCGGCCAACGAGGGCCAUGUCAACGUCUUUGACUUCCUCGACGCAUCAGCAACCCCUAAUGCGUCAACACUUCAACUCGGCAACAGAGAAUCCAACGAGGAAACGCAACUAGUGCGCUACGAGGCGAGCGCCUACCUGGACGACAGCGGUGCGAUGGUCGACGAAGACCCCGCAGCCCUCGUACAAUACGGCACUGGAGCCAUCCCUCUCGACCCCUACGAGACACCCGUACCCAAGCAUGAGCGUAGAAGGAAGGACGGAAGCGAGAAGAAGGACAAGAAGCGCAAGCGCCUCCACGUCGACACCGACCAGAUGAUGGUCGAUGCUCCUCCCACGCUGGCACACUCUGGCCUUACCGGCGGCUUGAACCGCAUGAUGCGACCCGUCUUCCCGCCUUCGCCCGAUUUCUCCGGCGGCGACGCCGACCCGUCUCCCACCAGCCCGCUCAAGAAGACCAAGCACUCCAAGCACAAGAAGUCCGAGGGCGGCAUCGGCAACAACCUCCUGGCUCUCAUGAACAUCAACACCAGCAGCAAGACCAAGACGAAGAAGCGCAAGGUCUCGUCCUCCACCAAGAAGCACUCAUCUCAUCGUCACCGCGACGGUGAGAAGGCGCCCAAGCUCAUCGAGUACCGUCCUGGUUCCCGUGACAGCAAGAAGGACGACGGCGAGGGCAACCAGAUGGUCGUCUACCGCCCUCGCGCCGACCUGUUCUUGUCAUUCGUCAACAAGGGACCCGAAAGCGAGCGCGGUUGCAGCAUGAACAAGGCCCUCAAGCGCUUCCACCGCGAGCGCAGCUCAUCCGAGGACAGCCUCAACAAACUCAUGGAGGAGAAGGAGCUUUGGCGCUCCCUGCGCAUGAGGCGUAACGAGCGCGGAGAAAUCGUUCUCUUCACCGCUUGA